AGGGCUCUUGAAUUCAUUCCCAAUCCCGAUACCAAUAAUUAGAUAAAUACCACUUGACACCCUACAAACUUCAUAACACUCUUAGAUUAUCAGUUCAUUCUUUAUCACAACAUAGCUUAGUUUAGCAUCAUGCACGCCCGCCAGCUUGUCACUAUCUUGAGCAUUUGCCUCUCACAAGCGCAUGCUAGAAGUAUUCCCACUGUGAGCGACCCGCUCGAGCCAAUCGUCAGAUUGGUGACGACACCUCACGAGGUUUUGGGAGCUGCCCCUGACCUCAAGGAAACGGAAAAAGCUGCCAUUCAACAAAGUCCUUAUUUGUAUUCUCAUCAGAUCGCGGCAGGUCUCGCAGAGACCACCGACUCACUCCAUUAUCUCAGCAGUGAACCCCAAACUGCCUUCAGCUCAUUGAUGGCGGGGAGUCUGCUUGGAUAUUAUCGUACCAUUAUGCAGGACCUCCCGAAAGAAACAAAGGAAUCACGAUUGCAAAUUUACCGAAAUUCAUUUUACUCUCGUACCCGCGACGUGGCAAACCACAUGGGUCCUGAAGUGUGGAACACUCAUGCCACCUUAGCGAAAAAGAGCUUGGAGAACGGAUUGCAAGAUGUUGUACUAGAAUUCCAAAAGAGCCAAAUGACCCCAGCCGGCGAUGAGAAAAUUCUUAAUCGGAUUGAAAUCCUGGCCCAGAAGUUCAAAAACAGCAAAAAGCACCAAGAGAUUAUGGAGGAAAUCAGCAAAGCGGUAGCCCACAUGAAAACCCAUUUACCAUACAACGUUAACUUGGGAGAGAUGAAGUAUCUUUCCGCUGAAGAAGUCGAAUCCGCCUUGAAGGGAACCAACAUCGGAGGUCAUCCAGACGCUAUCCCGGUCAACUACUUCCUUGUCCACCAUGAACCAGCCACACACCAAAUUUCACCUGCGAAAACUCCCAUCACCAACUCCAGACAAGCUCAACUUCCACCCAGUCAACCCAAGGUUGCGACUGCCCCCACGGCUGCCGCUGCCGCCUAAAUCUAUUGGAAGCCUCCUUAAUUUCACUCCAGAUAUCAUCGAGCGUAUUUCCUUGAUGAUCACAAAUAUCUUGUUUCAUAACAAAAAGGUUAUAGUGCUAUAUUGUCAGAUAUCAAUAAUCAAAACAAGACACCCUUCUUUCAAAUAGAUUACAUACAUACGCGUCGUAGUCUUUCCCUCCUUCUCAUCUAAUUUUUCCUUUUUUUUUCUCAAUGAAAUAAAACCAAAAACAAGAACAAAAAAAGAUCAAAACCACUCAAAAGAAGAAGAAAAAAAAAACUAGCUGAAUUGGUGACUCCGAUUUAUUAUAUUUAUCUAUCUAUCUAGAUUAUGAUAAGGGUUAAAUGUUUAGAAUGGUUGUUUUUCUUACAAUGGUUAUCUGUCUAAAAUCGUUAUCUGUUCACAAAGGUUCCACAUCUGUUUACAAAGGCUAUUGUUAACAAGGGUUAUCUGUUUACAAGCACUAUAGCUGAAUGAGUGAAAUCUGAUAUCUUGUUGAAGAGUGAAUGUGACAUGAUUAAGAGUGUCGGGUGCAACCCAGUGCCACUUAAGUGAACUCUAGUCAGAUU